AUGGCCAGUGGGAUUUCUGAGGAUGAGAAAUGUCUCAAGAGACAUGUACUUGAUCUUAUUGGUAACCUGGAUGAGGACACUUUGAACAGUAUUGUUGAUGUUCUGAAUACCUUAGGCGUCACACAUGUGGAUGACCUGAAGUGGGUGACACCGGAUGAUCUGGUAGGGAGAGUCAAACCUGUUCAUGCAAGGAAGCUACUUAGCCAUUCAGUGUCACAACCAUCAAGAAGUGUCCCCUCACCUUCAUCCAGUGUGGAUUCAUCCAUGUCAUUCUCACCGAAGAGUCCGGGUCCAAUAUUGAUACACAACAUAAACACUGAUCCCAACUGGCCUGUCAAAUUAGAACUCCCAUUGAGAGAUGUUAGUGCUGCUGUGAGAAAUGAUUUGGAAAGGGGGAAGAGACUACAUCCAAGUGCCAGACAGGACCUUGUCAGAUUGUUUGUUGAUGCAGUCAGGAAGAAGACUCAACAUGCAUCGAGACCCCAAAUGUCUGUCAUCGCCCAGAGGAUGACUGCACGGUAUCCUGAUAGUCUACAGGAUAAACUGGAUGGGUCUAUAAUCGGUUCGGGAUAUGACAGUAUUCUAAAUAAACUUGUCUCCAGGAACGAAAACCUAAACAGAUCACUGAAUGCAAGUAGGAUGUGUCUUUCUCGCAAGAAGAGACCACUUGCUAGUGAUUCAGGUUCCAGUGAUAACUCAGAUAAUCCUGAAGGUGGUUGUGCUGCUGCAGCAGCUGAACGACGAGACUCUUAUGGCUGCAUCAACUGGAUGCCAGUUCUCACAGGGGACACCGAAUGCCAGGAUAUGGAACAUCACAAGAAUAAUUUAAAGGCAAUGUAUGAGAAUUCAGAAACAGAUUAUGAGAAGGUAUCACGCUCCAUGAAAGCUAGUUAUGCUCUACAGCGCAAAGAGAUUAAUAGUGGAACUUCGAUGGAUGAACUGAAGGAAGAGUGGCCUUAUCUGUUUGAGGUCAAGGGUCUUUUGGCUCAUGCUAAUGAGCUUUUGGGAAUAGACAUAAGGAACGCCUUAGGAACUGCUUAUAGAGACAAAGCGGUGAGAAUAAAUAGAUUCUUCAAAACUAAAUCCAGUUUCAAGUGUGAGAUGAUCUACGAGGAAGCCAGAAGGCAGAGUGAGAAGGAUAAUGUCAAGGCUUGGUUGGUCGCAGUGAUUCUGUGUGUUCUGAACCAUUUUGGUGAAAAGGAAAAGGAUGUCUUCUUUGUUGUUGAUGAAACAACAAGUGUUGGAGCAGCAGAGAAGUCCACAACAAAGGAAUCACUACAGCUGAUAGUUUUUGGUGAUUCAGUCCUUGCAGGCAAGACAUACAUGUUGAUGUGUGACAGAAUGGUCAUUUCACCCAUGGACAGAAUCCAAAGUUUCAUGGACGCCUUCUCUGCAUUCUUUGCAUCGUUCUAUGUGUUUAAUCUGGAGUAUCCCCCUGGGGCUUCAACAACCAUGGAGUUUAUUCAGAGGUGUUUCAUUGGCAUCAACCCUGAUAGAGGAUCGAAAGGGAACCAAGGGAAGAGGAAGAAGACAAAGAUUAACCCCAAGGUUCUCAGCUUAAUCAACGCUCUUGCGGAUUUUGAGUGGCUGGAAUCUGACAUAUAGCCUGUUCAAUAUGCAGCAGAGAUUUUGUUAAACUACACAGAGUGUAGGCGCAAUUGAUAGUCUGAUUGUCUGAUGGUGUCUAUCUAUCAGAUAAUAAUGAACAAUUUUGUUUCUUGUAUGUAGUUGGUGCUGUUUGAUUUUGUUUAUAUCAAUAUUGUGAACUGUUCACGGUAUUCCAUUGUCUUUUGAGAGUAAGACAGAUAAUUGAAAGUUUAUUUUCUAUAGAAGUUAUUCAUACCUUGUCAGUGUUCGUCAAGGAUGUGAAGUAAUAGGAGCAGUUUAAAAUGUUUGAUACUGUAUGGUUAGAGAUUGCUGAUAAAGUUAAAACUUCAAUGGGCUUUUUCUGAGACAUUUAGCUGUCUUCAUUUAUAAUAAUCUGAAAAUCCUAGUUUAGACAUGCUUAUUUCCUGUUCAAAAUGCAGCAGAUAUUUUGUUAAACUUGAGGAAAUAUCAGUACUGCUUGUGAGUGUAGUAUGCUUAUUGAUAUUUCCACAAAGGAAUUCCUUUCAGAAUUGUGAGAGACAGUUUUGUUAACUGAAUGUUGUGAUUUAAGUGGAGAAUUUCUCUGCAAACUGACAUCAUACUGGCUUUCAGAUUGGAAAUAUUUGAACAGCCUGUAGGAGCAAUAAAUGAAAGGAACAAGUUUGUACAAAGAAGGUCCUGUUUUGUCAAACUCUUUCUGUUAUUGCAUGCUAGAGACUAGGUCAUACUGAUUGAUUGUGUGUCAUUUAGUAAAACAUGAUUCGACAAUAAUUGAAAUUCAUAUUUCCAGGUUUCUCUUUCAUAGCAUAUAGUAGUGUUAUCACGAUUGUUUCUUGUUGAAAGUUUUCAAAACUUUAAUCUUCUGGGAUUUUUAAUUUGAUGUGUUUUUUUCUGGAUUAGUCUCCCUUUGUGAGUUUCUUUAAGACUUUACUUUUUUAUCAUUUAAGGUGACCAUCAUCCAUGUUAGUGUAAUUGGAUUCUCUAGAAACACAGGACACUGGCUUAAUUGGCUACUUUUCAAUCUGGGUUGUGUUCAGGUUGUAUUGAGCAACUGUGCAAGAGGCAUUCCAAGUUUUGGAAAUGUAACUCUGGUUGUGUUUGGAGUCAUUCAAAUAAGAUUUUUUGUUCAUGUUACAUGUGUCCUUCACAUCCCAGUUUAGGCAAAUUCAGAUGGAUUAGUCAGUUAUAUUGUGACAGACUUCAUGAUUAUUAGUGAACAAUUAAACAUGUCUACUCAGAUAUUUCGGAAUUUAAAAGAGAUGGCCAUAUGUUACUGUUUACAUACUUGAAGGUUCCAGAAUAUCAGGAAAUGUCUCUUCUCAUGUCAACCUACAGUUGCUAUUCACACAAUGUUGUGUUUUGUCAUUUUCCUCCUUAAACUGACCAAAAUACAAGAGGGUAUAUCUACUAUGAUGUGUACUAAUCUUUACAUUGUAAUACGAACUGUUGUAAAAAAGAAUAGUUUCACACUACAAAAAAUAAAACAUGAAUCAUCUGGUUCAAGGAUUCCAGUAACACAGUUGUAUCUUAUUUUUUGAAUAGAAUGUGUUCGAAGCUGAUCAUAACCAUACAUGAUGAAUCUUUA